GAAAGAGAAAGAAGGAGUGCACAAAUUUCACGAGUCGUACCUACUACCUAGUCGCUACUAUUGUUUUUGAGGUCAAUAAAAAAAACCGCGCUAGCUCUUCCAUCAUGUUCAAUGGUCAGUGGUCAGUGGUCAGCACACAUACACAUACACAUACACAUACUGACAUACAUAUUCCAUUCUCUAUAAAUAAUACAUACCCCUGGCCCUGGCUUUGCAUCAAACACAAACACCCACAGGCCACAGCAACAAACAUGGCAACUUCCUCCGCCACGCUCUCCCCUCCAUUCCUGCGUCACGAUUUCCCCUCCGCCAGAAAACAAGAAACACCUCGCACCCUCCGCGUGCUUGCCUCCGUAUCGGAGAAACCCGUAGCGGCGGUGUCGGUGACCGCCCCGGAGCCCACCAAGCUCCCCAUCCGCAAAAUCCCCGGCGACUGCGGGUUCCCGGUCAUCGGCCCCUUGAAGGACCGCCAAGACUACUUCUACAAGCAAGGGAGAGAUGAGUUCUUCAAGUCCCGCAUCCAGAAGUACCAGUCAACGGUCUUCCGCACCAACAUGCCACCUGGCCCCUUCCUGGCCCCCAACCCAAACGUCGUCGUUCUCCUCGACGGUAAAUCCUUCCCUCUCCUCUUCGACACAUCCAAGGUGGAGAAAAGAGACGUCUUCACCGGCACCUACAUGCCCUCCACCGACCUCACCGGCGGCUACAGAGUCCUCUCCUACCUGGACCCCUCCGAACCCAAACACGCCCUCCUCAAGCAGCUCAUGUUCUUCCUCCUCAAGUCCCGCCGCAGCCACGUCAUCCCCGAGUUUCACGCUUCCUACAACGAACUCUUCCAGGCGCUGGAGUCCAACCUGGCGGAGAAAGGCAAAGCCAGCUUCAGCGAAGCCAACGACCAAGCCGCCUUCGACUUCCUCGGCCGCUCCCUCUUCGGGUCCAACCCCGCCGACAGCGCACUCGCCCGCGACGGCCCAAAGCUCGUCCAGAAAUGGGUCCUCUUCCAGCUGGGCCCAAUUCUCAAACUGGGGUUCCCGCAGUUUCUAGAAGAAUCCACCAUCCGCACCUUCCGCCUCCCCUCCUUCCUCAUCAAAAAAGACUACCAGAGACUCUACGACUUCUUCUACCAAUCCUCCGCCUUCGUCUUCGAGGAGGCCGACCGCUUGGGAAUCGCGCGCGACGAGGCUUGUCACAAUCUCUUAUUCGCCACCUGCUUUAAUUCAUUCGGCGGGAUGAAGCUCUUUUUCCCCAACGUCCUCAAGUGGAUCGGCCGCGCCGGGGUCAAGCUCCACGCGCGCCUCGCAACCGAGAUUAGAACCGCCGUCAGAUCCGCCGCCGGGGAGAUCACCAUGGCCGCCAUGGAGAACAUGCCGCUCAUGAAAUCCGUGGUGUACGAGGCCUUCCGCAUCGACCCUCCGGUGCCGCUGCAGUUUGGGAAAGCCAAGCGGGAUUUGAUUGUGGAGAGCCACGAGCACGCGUUUCACGUGAAGGAGGGGGAGAUGCUCUUUGGCUACCAACCUUUUGCCACCAAGGAUCCUAAGAUUUUCGAUCGGGCCGAGGAGUUUUUCGGGGACAGGUUUAUGGGGGAGGAAGGGGAGAAGCUACUCAACCACGUGCUUUGGUCCAAUGGCCCUGAAACUGAAUCUCCAACACUCGGGAACAAGCAAUGUGCAGGGAAGGAUUUCGUCACGUUGGUGUCUCGCCUUCUCGUGGUCGAGUUUUUCCUUCGCUAUGACUCCUUUGAGAUUCAAGUGGCAACUUCGCCGUUGGGAUCUUCCGUUACCAUUACCUCUCUUAAGAGAGCAAGCUUUUAGUCAAUUAUUAUUAUUAUUAUUAUUUUUUUUUUAAUUUUAUUUUACUAUAUGCAUUAAUUUCUGGGUUUAUUAUAUGGUUACAUCAAUGUCUUCAUUUCAUUUAUGUUUAUAAGUAUAUACCUGUAAUCUUCGCAACUUAAUUGUACACUGGACUUUAGCUAGUGCGGUCUAAUAAUAGCUUUCGCGUGGGGCAUCAUGCACUCCACUAUAACUAGUGGAAGCUACUAGGAAUCUUGGAUAUAUCUGCUGCUUCUGCUGCCAUGUCAUAUAUAAUGUGCUCCAAUAUUCAAAAAUGAAUCACACAAGAUAACGUUGCGUCGGGCUCUCUCUGUUCGAUGUGAUUUUCAAC